AGACGCCCUCGUGCCCCGCGUGCGGGCGGAGCUUCCGGCGGGCGGAGCAGCUGCGGCGUCACGCGCCCUUGCACGCGCACGAGCGGCGCGUGUGGCGCUGCGGGCGUCCGGGCUGCGCACGCGCGUACACGAGCGCCGGGAACCUGCGCGUCCACGUGCUCGGCUGCCACGAGGGGCUGCGGCCCUUCGCGUGUGCAAGGCCCGGCUGCGGCCGCGCCUUCGCCUCCAAGCAGAGCCUGGAGAGACACGGCGCCACGCACGAGCCCGGCAGGAGCGCGAGGGUGCGGACCCCGCGUGGCACGCGCAGCCUGGCCUCGCGCCUCAGCGGCUUCGACCCCCGGGGGGCGGGCGCGUGUGAGCGCGCGUGUCAGGGGCCCCCGGUUUCGGCCCAGUAA